ACCUCUUAUUAAAAUUUUAAACAUAUAAAUAAAGAUAAUUUAUUAAGCUUGAUAGAUUUGUCUUUCUCUAUGUCUCUGUUAUGGUUGCAGAGAGAGCCAAACUGAAUCAAUCUCUAGGCAUUUGCUUCUCCAAUUCCAAUCUUCUUUUUCUUUUUCUUUUUUUACUAAUAAGUCGUGAGAAAUGCCAGCAAAACCAGGGAAUGAUGAUCAGCAGAUAGACCAUGGGGCUCAAAGUGUGUUGCAGUCAACUGCCUACUCUGAACCCUGGUGGAAAGGAGUUGGGACUAACCCCUUUGGUGAAGCUGCCUCGAAGUCGCCUUCUGUAGAACAACUAAAUGGUUCAGUGGCAAAUGGAGCUGUGCAUUCACAGGCUCAUGGGGACUUGGGCAAUGAAGAUGGGAGAAACAGACAAGAUCGCCAACAUCUCAAACACGUUCCUUCCACAACACCCCUUACUUUGGGUGAACACCAUGAACCAAAUUCCCAAAUGGAACUAGUUGGUCACUCGAUUGUCUUGACAUCAUAUCCUUAUUCAGAUCCUCAGUAUGGUGGAAUGCUGACUUCAUAUGGGCCACAAAUGAUGGUUUCACCACAUCUAUAUGGAAUGCAUCAUGCUAGAAUGCCUUUGCCUCUUCAAAUGGAAGAGGAGCCUGUUUAUGUAAAUGCAAAGCAAUAUCAUGGCAUUUUGAGGCGAAGACAGAUACGUGCUAAGGCUGAGCUUGAAAAGAAAGCCAUUAAAAUUAGAAAGCCAUACCUUCAUGAGUCCCGGCAUCUACAUGCUAUGAGAAGGGCUAGGGGUUGUGGAGGUCGUUUUCUUAAUACAAAGAAGCAGGGUGAUGAUGUUACCAGCCCCACUUCACAAAAGGGCAUGAAUUCAGAUGAAAACAUUUCAACCAAAUCAUCUAUCUUGUCUGGGUCUGAGUGCGUAUCCGCAAAUGGUGCUGGAAAUAUGAAUUCCUUCUAUAGUCAGCAAGAAGGAAAUUGUGCAAGGGAUAUCAUGCAAGGGAACGGGGCGCAACAUGGGGCGCCUUCAAUUAAAUGAAAUUUAUCCUUGAGGUGGGUGGCACUCUCCAGCAUUGCUGUGCAGGCAGUGCUGGAGGUAUUUGCCCUGGAUCUUGGGUGUCUGAAUCCCUCCUGGAGUGGUGUCCCUCAGGCAAUUCAUUCUUGGCUUUGGUUACUCAUGGUUAAAGGGGUUAUUAUAUGAGAAGAUAUGUGGUCUUUGGUUUUUUUAUCUUCACUCUGGUAAUAGCUUUGACAUGCCUCCCUUUGACCCUUUUGUAAAAAAAGAAGAUAAAAACAGGUGUUGUAUCUAGGCAGUAGCAAACAGUUGUGAAUGUGCAAAAAUUUCAAACAAAUUUACAUUAAUUUGAGUGUCAAAGGGCUUGGAGACUUGUGUAUGACUGAAAGAGCUUUGAACUUUUCCAUCAGUGUGGCCUUAAUAAUGUAAAUGCCGUCUGUUGUUGUUUCUAUCUCA